AAUGCAGUAGCAGCAGCUCAAACUGCUAGCAAAGUCGCUAGCUGGCUACUGUUAUCGUCUCAGCUGGUAGCUGGCUACAUCAGUGAAGCAAGUAACCUAUUCUCGAAUGGAUGCCAGUGACGGGUGCCUCAUGAAAUAGACAAUGUAGCCAGCAUCAGCAAUGUAGCGAUUCUCUUUUUGGUGCAGCUAACCUUAUUUUACAAUUAGUUUGACCCUUUCUGACGACAGAUAUAUGUAUACGUCAUUGUGUUUAUAGUUUAGAAUUAUUAACCUGCGACAUCUUAUCGGUCGCUCGCUGAUUCGGGUUAGCCAGCUGCAAGAAGCUUGCUAGCUAACCUAGCAAGCUAACAACAAUUUACAGAAUCUCGCAGUAUCGGAUUUUAACAGUUCAUCAGUGACUUUCGCAAACAGAAAAUGACUGGAGAGAAGAUUCGUACCCUGCGCAAGGACCACAAGCCAAGCAAGAAUGAAAACAUACUGAAAUCCUACGAGGAGAGUGCUAAUGUCACUGAGAUGGUUACAUCGUCCACCACCGUCGACACAGAAAGGACGAAUAUAGCUAAUAAGAUAUUUAACAACCAGAACAGACCACUUAAAUCUUCGCAGCUACCAGAAAAUCAUCAAUCGCAGAUAAAUGGAAACUCCAAUACCGACACAUCUGUCGGUAUCAUUGUCGACGACAACAGGAACCCCAUUAUUUUGACUUCGGGAGAUUUAGAAUUCCCGGUUCACGAAUGUGUGUUCAAGGGGGAUGUGCGGCGUUUGUCAUCCCUCAUCCGCACUCAGAACAUAACUCAGAAAGAUGUUCACGGGAAUAGUCCUUUGCACCUUGCUGUUAUGCUGGGACACAAAGAGUGUGCCCACCUGCUGCUGGCACACAAUGCCCCUGUGAAGGUGAAGAACGCCCAGGGCUGGAGCCCUCUGGCAGAGGCCAUCAGCUAUGGAGACCGACAGAUGAUCACAGCUCUGUUACGCAAGCUGAAGCAGCAGUCCAGGGAGAGUGUGGAGGACAAGAGGCCCAAGCUGCUCAAAGCACUGCAGGAGCUCGGAGACUUUUACUUAGAGCUUCACUGGGACUUUCAGAGCUGGGUGCCUCUUCUGUCACGGAUUUUGCCAUCUGAUGCUUGCAAGAUUUAUAAGCAAGGGCUCAAUAUCAGACUGGACACAACGCUGAUUGACUUCAGUGACAUGAAGUGCCAACGUGGUGACCUCAGCUUCAUCUUCAACGGCGAGGCUCCGCCUGCCGAGGCCUUCGUCGUCCUCGACAACGAGCAGAAGGUGUACCAGCGCAUUCACCACGAGGAGUCUGAGAUGGAGACGGAGGAGGAGGUGGACAUCCUGAUGAGCAGUGAUAUUUACUCCGCCACGCUCUCCACCAAGUCCAUCAGCUUCUCCCGCAGCCAGAUCGGCUGGCUCUUCAGGGAGGACAAGACGGAGAGGGUGGGGAAUUUCCUGGCUGACUUCUACUCUGUAAACGGCCUGAUGCUGGAGUCACGCAAGCGGCGCGAGCACCUGAGCGAGGAGGACAUCCUCAGGAACAAGGCAAUCAUGGAGAGCCUCAGCAAGGGCGGCAGCCUCGUCGAGCAGAACUUCGAGCCUGUCCGAAGGCAGUCUGUCAGUGCGCCCGAGGCCAACACCAUCUCCUGGGAGGAGUACAUCAGUGCUGAGCAGGGAAAGCCCCCCCAUCUUGGCCGUGACUUGGUGUGUAAAGAGAGCAAGAAGAAUUUCAAGGCCACUGUAGCCAUGAGCCAGGACUUUCCCCUGGGCAUCGAGUCGUUACUGAAUGUUUUGGAGGUCGUCGCUCCCUUUAAACACUUCAACAAGCUCCGAGAGUUUGUUCAGAUGAAGCUUCCUCCAGGGUUUCCUGUCAAACUGGACAUCCCAGUCUUUCCCACCAUCACAGCUACUGUGACGUUCCAAGAGUUCCGCUACCGUGAGUUUGAGGAGUCCCUCUUCACUAUCCCAGCCAGCUACAAAGAGGACCCAAGCCGCUUUCCUGACCUCUAAACCAAGAUCAUAUGAAAAAGGGAGAUGCCACAUAGUCCCCCCCCCUCUCACACCACCCAUCCACCCCCCACACACACAUAAAGACACCUACAUAACCACUGGUUAUUUUAAAGAGGUAAAACCAAUUGAGUGGGAUAUUGUCUGAAAUUUACACUGAGAUGGCUUUUGAGUAUUAAUGUUAUAAAGAAGCCAUUCUCAUUUUCAGUCAAUUUACCUUCAAGUUACCAUCAGUCUACCAUUAGCAAUGUUAACGUCAAUGUGGACUGUGUUCCUUGGAUGAAAUCGCACAUCAUAUCCUUCCUCUUUGGGGAGUGCACUGAAUUUGUAACCCUGUGAAAUGUGGAGGAAGAAAGAGACCCUUUGUAGAAAUUCUUAAUUCAUUCUAUGUGAUAUAGCCUCCAUUUGAAAUUGAAUUUGCUUUUUGAUUUCAAGUGAUGUAACAGUAUACUUAUUGAAACUGAUGCCUGUGCUGUGAGGGACGUUUCAGGCUGUUAAAGCCAACUGAAAACAGUAGAGGGCAUUUUGACAGGCACACAUUUAACCCUUAAUCUGUCUCCACUUGUCUGUGCACUCCAGUGUUUUUUACGUGGUUCGCCAGUGUCGCAGUCAGUCUGUCCUCACAGUGUGUUCUUCUGGUUGUAUGAGAUGCCAGGUUAUAUUCAUUGUGAAUGUCUGUAGUUACCCUGCACCAGGUGUGCUUGAAGCAUGGUGUGCACAAGACACUAUAAAUAGCUCCUGCCCCCCCAUACACCCCCCAUCCCCCUCCCUAAUAAAUCAACAGACCUCCCGACCCAACAGUACUUCAGUGCUGCGACUGCACAGCAAGUCUCCUAGGCAGAGGACUUGUGAUGUGUAGCUCUGAAAUGUAAACACAACAGUGCGGGGGUAACCAUUUCACGCCAGCGUCCCGAAAACUCCGGUCUUUCAUUCUGAAUUAGUUGCAGCAGCGUACCAAAUGAAGCCCUAUGUAGCAGUCAACACUUUGCUGCAAUAAUUUAACCUCCCAUCUGACUAAGGAGUGCAGAACUCCUUAAAGUAAUGCACCAGCACUACAGCAGCUCAUGGUUGACCAGAAAACUGUCGUCGUUUUUUUUCUCUCCAGUUUUUACCAUUUGUUUUGAAUUUUGCAUUCUGUAAGUAUACUGUGGUUUUAUUGUGUUGCCGAUUUGUGGGUCCUUGAAUCCAUAUACAUUUCUGUAACACUAGGAGUCAUUGGAGAGCCUUACUAGAGCUUGGAAAGUCACCUCCACAAUGUGUCACACCUUAAUAAAAACAUCAGCAGUGACUGACUACACAGCCAGGUUUUGUGCUAAGGACUUCAUGUACAGCUGUGGUGUGGCUCUAUUGUAAAGCUGUUAAACCCAUGAAAUAUUUUUAGUUUAUUCCAUUCACAGACAGUAGUUCAUCCCGAUUUUGUACUGUAAAUCAGAGAGCUUGAAGCAUGUUUUUUUUUCCUUCUUCAAAAGUCAAAGAAAUCUUUAAGUAUACUCUAUGGAACCAUCACAUUAGAAAACUACAAACUGUACAGUUAACACAUGCUACAAUAUUUUCAUAAGAAUCCAAGCAGGAAUAAAAACAUACAUAAGUCAAAAA